GAUUACGCUACAUUUGGGAUGGUUUUGUUGCGCAGACCUGGCAACCCUCCACUCCAAAACCCCACCCCUUUCACGCACUUCGAAGUGCGCGGCCCCUGAAUUGGGACACAGCUUCAGAGUCUAGUGGCUCGUCCUGCUGCAAGAUCUGCAACUCUAAUGAGAAAAGGCUUGUGCUUUCCUUGUGAUUGACCACACAUACAGAAGAGAGACUCAAACUGCACUAUCCAGUGGCUGUGCUGCAACCCCUGAACCCUGACCUCGACUGCUCUCCAUUGAGAAGACUAACAGAGCCUUGUGCGGAAGCAGAGCUUAGACAAGACAAAGAUCCACCACCCUCCACUUCCCAUCCUCUUGUGCAAAAGGACGGAAAUGAAGACCCUGAUGUGAUUCAUCCAAUCCCCAAGGAAGGAGUCGAAUUAGAGGAGGAAUGCGAGGUUCCUCCAUUGAAAAAAGAACAAGAUAUCAAGUAAAACAGGAAGAUAAGAGCAUAAGGACAAUGAAAGAAGUUUCGGGACCCGAUGGACCAGAAACUGGCUUUAUAAUAUGGACUGUGAAUGAAAUGAAAGAGGCAAUGGCUCACCUGUCGAACCCUGUUGACUCAAGUCACAAAUUUUCUACUGAACUGAUCACGUUCUGCAAGGUGUUCAGCCCCACUGUGCAAGAACUAAGAAGGCUCCUGUUUAUAAAAAUGGGGGCUACAAAUUGGCAAAAAGUGAGUGCAAAGUUGCCAACGCUGACAGAAGGUUUUUGGAGGGUACACAUAGACUGGGAUGAUGCGUCUAACAGGCUGCACCGUAUUGCAGUCAAUGACAUAGCAAACGCCAUAAAGGAAACAUUCCCAUUGCGUGUGGACAUAGAAAAGCUUAUUAGCUGCUGCCAAAACGGAGAGGAGUCUGUUCAGGACUAUUACAAUCGACUCUAUGAGACAUUCAACAAGUACAGCGGCUUUCCAGAGCCUGAAAACAGAGGAAAUCAACCGGGCGUACGGGAGUGUUAUCUGGAGAUGUAUUUCUUGGAUGGACUGAGAAAAGAAAUUGCACAAGCUGUAAAAUCCAGUUACAUUGAAUGUGGGAGUGGACAGAUAGCCACUGUCCUGGCACAUGCUUUGCAUGCGGAAGAACAGCAAAUGGCAAAGAAGGAGCAACAAGGAAUUGCAGCGGGGCUUAGUGCAAGCAGCUCUUUUGCACCGCCUCCUCAACAGACAGGAGGAAGAAGAGAGCGAGGUGAUGGAUUCUCCAACAGGGCUGGAGGGAAUUCUGUCAGACUGGGCUGCUGGAUCUGUGGAACUGAGGACCAUACAGUCAGAGACUGUACCAGGUGCAAACGGUGCAAUGAGAGCUAGAGAUCACUGCCGUUGUCAGAGCGCGAUCAGACCUCACUAACCGAGUGCUGAACGCAGUUGGAUAUAUGGUGUUUUAGAGGUAAAAAAUGAUAUAAAUACUG